AGAUCCCCAGCGGAAGGCCGGCGCCGCAUUCCGGGAAUUACGGUCGCCGUUAUGGGUUCCCUACGAAACGCUCGCUACAGCUGAUCUACAGGGAAAAUGAAAUCGUCAGCUGUUCCCCGCAGGCACGCGAAUGUAAAGAAAGUGGGUUAUUGUUGCUAACUCGACGUACUUGUGCUGAUAGUGAACAUUUACUGUUACUGUACGUACAGAUGCGAGUACAUGCACAGCGCGCGUGGUAUUAAUGCGGAUAACGUUACCGUGCACGGCUACCUGCCAGUUACCUGGUCAGCCUCAAAUAAUGCCCGCCCCGCAAAACAAAAGCGCGAGACAAAGCAAACUCGGUGUAAAUCCACGGCGCGUUGUACGGAGCGCGCGCGGGGACGUGGCGGCCGCGCCACGCCGCCGCCAGUCAGGCGUGGGCACGCCGAGCGAGCAGACGGGUGAGCCACGCGCGCGCGCACUGCCGCCCCCCCGCCUCCCCGCACCGCCUUAUCGCGAGUUGUCGCCGCCGAACCGCUACGCCGUCAUCAUGCGUGGGAUAACCGCUCAGGAACUGACGCGGAACUCCAUACUCCGCAUCAACGAGAAGAAAACCAUGCAGCUGCUGCACGAGUACAAGAAGGAGGACUGCUUGUGGAACUCCUCCAUGGACGACUAUCCCAAUAAAGAAAAGCGUGUGCGAGCUGCGCAGAAAAUAGCCAAGAUUCUCAAUAUUAAAAACUUUGAAGGCCAACAUGUUCUAAUUAAAAUAAAAAAUCUUCGAAAUUCUUAUUCUCAAGAACUAAAGAAAAUCAAAGAGAGCAUAGACACGCUGGGGCCGGACUCUCCCGACCUGUACCGACCCAAGGUGCAGUGGUUCUCCCUGAUGGACUCGUUCCUGCGGCCACACGUGCAGACAUCCAAACUGCUGCCCAACCCAACGGAGAGCAACACGUCCGUGGAGGUGUACCCCGAUGUGAAGACGGAGUAUUUCGAGAUCGACGAGAGCGACGAGUGGAGCCAGCAGCAGGAGUCGGCGGCGGGCGCCAGCUACCAGUCCGAGGGGCACAGCGAGCCGGACGACCAGUCCAACGACUCGCAGUACCAGCAGGCCAAGCGGCGGCGCAUGUCCUCCAGCGCGCCCAGCGAGAACAUGAGCCAGCACCAGGUGUUCCUGCCGAGCAGCGUCAGCGCCGCGGCUCCCCGGCCGGACGACACGUACGACAACUUCGGCAAGUAUGUGGCCUCGCUGCUGCGGGGGCUGCCGGCGCAGGACGCGCUCCGGGUGCAGCCCCGGAUCAUAGACAUGAUCGUCAACGUCGGGGUCAAGCAGGAGAGCGGCCAGAUCACGGUGCACAUCGACCGGGUCACCCCCAACGGGGAGGUGGACUAGCAGGCCAGGUACAUUGAGCUGUAGGCCUGCGGGGCCGCAGACGUCUUCCUAAUGUGACGAACUAGUUGUUUAUACAUUUUAAAAGUAUUCUUACAUGAAUUAGUUGUAAGUAUUUAGUAUUGUUUACUAGUUAACUGGAUAGUCUCGCUACACUAGGUUAUAACUUGUUUCAAAGUAUGUGUCUUUUAGAAAUGUGGUGGUACAUGGUUCCACAGUACAUUAGUACCUGCUGAAACAAAAUGUACCGUAAUGUGUUAGUACUAAAUUGGAAAUGAUAUGAUUGUACAAAUAUAUAAGCUAGUUGGUUGUAUGUCUAUGUAUAUGUUGUGUAUGUGUAAGCUAGAUUAUUCAAUGAUGACUUUGUAACUUAUUGUUGUACUUGACAUUCCGAUAAGUAAUAAAACAAUUUAAAGUAA